AUGGCUGACAGAUAUUCGUUUUCAUUAACCACGUUUUCACCAAGUGGUAAAUUAGGUCAAAUUGAUUAUGCCUUGACCGCAGUAAAUCAAGGUGUCACAUCAAUUGGUAUCAAGGCAACCAAUGGGAUUGUUAUUGCGACAGAAAAGAAAUCAUCCUCUCCAUUGGCAUUAACAGAAACUUUAUCUAAAGUGGAACUUAUAACACCAGACAUUGGUGCAGUUUACUCUGGGAUGGGACCAGAUUAUAGAGUCUUAGUAGAUAAAUCAAGGAAAGUGGCUCAUUCUAAUUAUAAAAGAAUAUAUGGAGAAUAUCCACCAACUAAGUUACUUGUUUCUGAAAUCGCGAAAAUUAUGCAAGAAGCUACACAAUCUGGUGGUGUUAGGCCAUUUGGUGUUUCCUUGUUAGUGGCAGGCCAUGAUGAACAUAGAGGGUUCAGUUUAUAUCAAGUAGAUCCAUCAGGUUCAUAUUUCCCUUGGAAGGCCACCGCUAUUGGUAAAGGAUCCGUUGCAGCAAAGACAUUCUUAGAGAAAAGAUGGAAUGAUGAGUUAGAAUUAGAAGAUGCUAUUCAUAUCGCAUUAUUGACUUUGAAGGAAUCUGUGGAAGGUGAGUUUAAUGGUGAUACCAUUGAGAUUGCCGUUAUAGGAGAUGAGAACCCAGAAAUGCUAGGCUACACUGGGGUUCCAACAGAUAAAGGUCCAAGAUUCAAGAAGCUAACAUCUCAAGAGAUUAACGAUAGGUUGGAAGCUUUGUAA